CUCGAAUGGCAUAAUAUGUCCACCAGGGAAACCAAAAUUACCACUUUAAUCCUAUGCCCAUGCCUUGUCCCUGAUCUUUAAUCUCUAAUUCUGCAUUCGCUCUCCCCGAUCUUUCCCCUUCCCUCACCGAUACGAAGCUAGAAAGGUCAUCACCACCACCACCACCUCCUCCUUCUCCUCUUCUUCCGUCUUUUACCUCCCCUCUCCAUCUUCAUCCAUUAUAUUACUCCUCCAAUUUCUCCCUCCUAUCGCUAGGCUCCAAUUGACUCCUGUCGUCUUGUUUUUCUUUUUCCUGUCCCAUCCAAGCUCUCUCUAGAUUCGAUCAGAAAGAAAGAAAAAGCGGGGCAGACAUCUUCUUAGCCCUCCUAGCCUUCCUAGCUUCUAUCUCCCCAUCUUCAUUUGAGUGUCUUUCGAUAGUAUGGCCAGCGACAAUUCUUCACAGGGCGAAUCCCGCCUGCUGAUCGUCUCGAAUCGCAUUCCGAUCACCAUCCGACGAUCGGCAGGAGGGAAGUAUGAAUUUUCCAUGUCCUCGGGAGGAUUGGUGACAGGACUAAGUGGACUCUCCAAGGCAACGACUUUCCAGUGGUAUGGCUGGCCCGGACUGGAAGUGCCCGAGGAUGAGAUUGAAUCAGUGACGGCGCGACUGUCGGACGAGUUCAACGCGACUCCAGUCUUCAUGGAUGAUAAAUUGGCAGAUCGUCACUACAAUGGCUUCUCCAACUCGAUUCUCUGGCCACUGCUGCACUACCACCCCGGUGAAAUUGUCUUCGACGAAGCGGCUUGGGAUGCCUAUCGUGAGGCGAACCGGCUCUUCGCUCGGACCAUCGCGCGCGAGGCUCGCGACGGGGACUUGGUUUGGGUCCACGACUACCAUCUCAUGCUCCUACCGGAAUACCUCCGCGAGGAGCUUCACGAGUUGGGCAAGAAGAACAUCCGAAUCGGAUUCUUCUUGCAUACUCCCUUCCCCAGUAGCGAGAUUUACCGCAUCCUGCCCGUGCGGAGUCAACUCUUGCGCGGCGUGCUGCAGUGUGAUUUGAUCGGGUUUCACACCUAUGACUAUGCGCGUCACUUCUUGAGCUGUUGCUCGCAUAUUCUAGGAUUGGUCACCACUCCGAGCAGCGUGGAAUUCAAGGACAGAUCGGUUGCCGUCGGGGCAUUCCCCAUUGGCAUUGAUCCCGACAAAUUUACCGAGGGUCUCAAAAGUCCCAAGGUGCAGAACCGAAUUGCCAGCUUGGAAAGCAAGUUCGAGGGCACCAAGUUGAUGGUCAGCGUUGACCGCCUGGACUACAUCAAAGGUAUUCCCCAGAAACUGCAUGCCUUGGAGGUCUUCCUCUCCCAGCACCCCGAAUGGGUAGGGAAGGUCGUCCUGGUGCAGGUCGCCGUCCCGAGUCGCCAGGAUGUCGAAGAAUAUCAGAACCUGCGGGCAGUGGUGAACGAGCUGGUCGGAAGAAUUAACGGCAAAUUCGGCACGGUGGAUUACAUGCCCAUCCAUUUCAUGCACAAGUCGGUGAGUUUUGACGAACUCAUUGCGCUGUACGCUGCUUCGGACGCCUGUGUCGUCUCGUCGACCCGCGACGGGAUGAACCUCGUUUCGUUCGAGUAUGUCGCAACUCAACAGAAGCGCAAGGGCGUGUUGAUUCUCUCCGAGUUCGCGGGUGCCGCGCAGAGUCUUAACGGAAGCAUCGUCGUCAACCCGUGGAACACGGAGGAACUGGCCAACGCAUACCAUGAAGCGGUCUCGAUGACCGAUGAUCUGCGUUCGCAGAAGUUUGAGAAGCUCUACAAGUACAUUUCCAAGUACACGAGUGCCUUCUGGGGCAAAUCUUUUGUCGCCGAACUAUCCAAGUGCUCGGUCUGAGGUAUGGAUAGCAUCAUGAAUGAUGAUGUAUUGUCUAUUGGCCUAUCGACUCCACCAUUUGCUUUGAUUGUCUGAUAACCCCUACAUGCAAUCCUUUCUGUUACGACGCAGGCGCACCAGUGAGCAUAUGACGACGAUUUUAUGGUUUGAUAGAUUAGCAGCAACAGCCUCCGUCUCUGCGAAGCACAUGUUAUAGCAAUGAACAUAGGACGGGAACAUGGGAAAUAUAAUGAAUUUGGAACAUGAUGCGGAAGCGCUG